UGUGUCGGUUGAGCUGCUCCGCGCAGGUUCGGUAGCAACAUCUGGCUAAACGAGCUAAAUGUGGAGGCGACGUCCCUUCAGCAAACUGCACUUUGGAAUUAACAUCGCUGGUUGAACGCAGGUGACCCGGAGCCAAGAUGCCCCCGAAGAAGCCCGCUCCGGUCGGGGGCAACAAGAAGACCCAGGAGAAGAAGAAGGAGAAGAUCAUUGAGGACAAGACGUUUGGCUUGAAGAACAAGAAAGGGGGCAAACAGCAGAAGUUCAUCAAGACUGUUGUUCAUCAAGUGAAAACAGGAGGACCAGCUGCAAAACAGGCGGAUGGAACCAACAAGAAAGCUGAAAAGAAGAAAGAUUUGGACGAACUCAACGAGCUGUUUAAACCCGUCGUCGUUGCCCAGAAAGUCGCAAUAGGCGUCGACCCAAAGUCAGUGCUGUGUGCGUUCUUCAAGCAGGGUCAGUGCACUAAAGGGGACAAGUGCAAGUUCAGCCACGACCUGUCGGUGGAGAGGAAAUGUGAGAAGAGAAGUCUCUAUGUGGACGAAAGAGAUGACGAACUGGAGAAAGAUACGAUGGACAACUGGGACGAGAAGAAGCUGGAGGAGGUGAUCAACAAGAAACAUGGAGAAGCUGAGAAGAAGUCUCAGUCCAAAACACACAUUGUGUGUAAAUUCUUCUUGGACGCCAUAGAGAACAAUAAGUACGGCUGGUUCUGGAGUUGUCCGGGAGGCGGUGGCGAGUGUAUGUACCGACAUGCCCUGCCGCCCGGCUUCGUCCUGAAGAAAGACAAGAAGAAAGAGGAGAAGGAGGAUGAAAUUUCGUUGGAGGAGCUGGUGGAAAACGAGCGAGCGGCUCUGGGUCCCAACGUGACUCGAAUCACCCUGGAGACUUUCCUGGCCUGGAAGAAGAGGAAAAGGCAGGACAAGGCGGACAAGGCGAUGGAGGACAUGGAGAAGAAGAAGGCUGACUUCAAGGCUGGAAAAUCACUCAUAGUGAGUGGACGUGAGGUGUUCGAGUUCCAUCCGGAGCUGGUGGACGAUGACGAUGCUGAAGCCGACGACACUCGAUACGCCAGCGACGACGAGGAAAACGAUCAGGAAGAGGUUGAUUCCACAGAGUACCAGGACAUAGACGUAUCCCGUUUUGUUCCACAAGAGGUCGACAACACGGGCAUUACCAUGGCAACCACGGACCGCUUCGCCUCUCGGACUAAACGCGCACCAACAGAUGAUGAGAGCUUGGAGCAGAUGAACGGAGCUUGUGGCGGCGCUGAGGCCAACGGCCUUUCAGGAGGAGAGGAGGAGGAGGAGGAAGAAGAGGAUGUACCGGUGGAUGAGAACUUGUUCACGGGUGAAGACCUGGAGGAGCUGGACGAGGAACUCAACGAACUGGCCCUGGAGGACUGAGCGGCAUCGCGUGAGGUGGAGGUUGGGAAGGACUAAGUGUCAAAGGGACAGACUGAUGGAUGCAUGGAGCCUCACAACAGAGACCAGAUGUUUGAGUGAUUUUAAAUUUCAGAGACUCCGAUAAUAAAGCCUGAUCAUAUCAUGACAUCACUGCCCGUCUCCGCCCCGUUUCUCUAUCGCCCCUUUCUCAUCCAUCUGCCUCCCAGACCAGAGUCCACCGGGGGUCCACAUUUUCACAGCAGGGCCAGUCAACAUCAACCAACUCCACCUGAAUGUCGCCUGUCUCCGUUCCCACUAACAGAACUGGGCUGUUGUGCACGUUCUGUUGCCCAGCGCUGGCUCCCGAUGAAACCGAACUUAGUUUUGACGAAUUAGGCCUCGAGCUGAUCCCAGAUAAAUAGUUAAUUCGCUGAGUGAGACAUUACAAGGGUUUACAAAUGAAAGCAUCAUACCUGAGAGCAAAUAUCCUCAAUAAAGUUAAUGUCAUUACCGAUGGAUGUUGAAAGAGAGCUCGUGUGAAAUGAAUCUGUUCACAGCUUCACUUGCUCUUGUACCAAAAUAAAAGCUGUAGUUGAAGCACUUUCAUUCUAACUAGUGAAGAUUGUUUUUUCCACUAAUUGAUUUUGCUGAAGUUGCAGCUCUUUUGAAUUUUAUUUGAAGGAAAAGUCCAGACACAGCUUCUAACAGAGUGGACCUUUCUUCUGAGAGCAGUUUUAUGUGAUAAACCAAAAGAUCCCAUCACCAUCCUGGUUUGUAAAUAAUGUUCUCAUGAGUUGCCUCCUGAAGAAAUAAAAGAUUACUGUACAUCCA